AUGGCAAGUAGUAGUACGUCUGUUGUACUCCCUAAUAUGUCUGUCGUACCCCCUAACAAUGCUCACGGAGAGAAACCAAAAAAAUUCACGGGAGUAGAUUUUAAGAGAUGGCAACAGAAAAUGUUGUUCUAUCUCACGACUCUGAAUUUGGUCAAAAUCUUGAAAGAGGAUGCUCCAACUGUUGAGGAGAAGGAAACAGAUUCUCAAAAACGAGCAGCAUUUGAUGCUUGGAGUCAUAGUGACUUCUUGUGCAGAAAUUACAUCCUCAAUUGCCUUGACAACACACUAUACAACGUAGUUGCAAUUAUCGAAAAAUUACCACCAAUGUGGAAAGAUUUCAAGAACUACCUGAAACGUAAACGCAAGGAAAUGGGACUUGAAAAUUUGAUUGUUAGAUUAGGAAUUGAGGAAAAUCGAAAUGCUGAAAAGAAGUUUGGAAAACAGCAAAUGGAGGUUAAAGUCAACUUGGUGGAGCCAAAUACUAUUAAGAAAAGGAAGCACCCGAAUAAUAGCAAGCAAAAGAGCAAGGCCAAGAAAUUCAAAGGAGAUUGCUAUAACUGCGGUAAGCCUGCUCAUAUUGCAAAGGACUGCCGGGAGAAAAAGCAAAACAAAAAGGACCAAGUACACUUGACUGAAGAAGACAGGUUGUCUAACAAAGUGUCUGAACUAAUGCUCUCGGCUGUUGUAUUUGAAGCAAACAUGGUGGAUAAUCCAAGAGAAUGGUUCGUUGAUACUGGCGCUACUCGUCACGUUUGUGCGGAUAAAGAGAUGUUUUCAUCUUACAAUCCUAUCAAUGGACGACAACUCUUCAUGGGCAACUCAGCAACAUCAAAAGUUAUUAGUCUAGGUAAAUUAGUGCUGAAGAUGACAUCAUGGAAAUAA